CUCAGGUAGCUCUGUAAAUUGAGCCGCCUGUUCUCCUUAUGGCAAACGUAAAAGUCACAACGCCUACGGGCUGUGACGAUGCUGAGGUCUUUGUAUCGGCGUCAGAGGACGAGGCCGCGGCGCAGCCUGAGGGUGAGGCCGUGCAGCAGGUGAUCACGCCUGAGCUUCUUUCCGCCCUUGUAAAGCAGGUGGAGUUUUACUUUUCAGAUGCAAAUUUACCUACCGACAAGAAGCUUUUGAAGCAGAUCCGCAAGGAUCCCGAGGGCUACGUUCCUGUGAAACUCUUUGCAAACUUCCGCAAAGUAAGGGCUCUUUCGAAAGAUGUUGGCAUCAUUACCGAGGCCCUGCGGAGCGCCUCACUGCUGCAGCUGUCACAGGAUGGCAAGCGCGUCCGGCGUAUAGUGCCAGUGCCUGAGUAUGACAUCUCUGACAUCCAGCGUCGGACCAUUGUUGUUGAGAACCUGCCUGGAAAUCCGAGCCCCACCAUCGAGAGUGUCACUGACAUGUUCCGCGUCUAUGGGCGCGUGAAGCUGGUUCGUAUUUGCAGCCGCGAGUCGAAGGGCAAGCUUCCAAGCUGGCUGACGAGCUCGUGCCAAAACAUGGGCGGCACCCAGCAUGCUUACGUGGAGUUUGAGGACGAGGAGGGAGCUAUCCUUGCGUCCGCCGCUCUAGCGCAGGACUCUGAUGCGCCUGACGGCGUUGUUCAGGUCCGACGGCUGUUGGCUUGCAUCGCUGAGCAGCGUGAGCGCCGCAGCGUGACUGGCACUGGCAGUAGUUUUGGAGGUAGCAGUGGUGGUGGUAGCCGGAAGGGCAGCCGCGACGUUUCUCCUUUGGGUAGCCGGAGCGCUGUUAGCCGUCGUGGCAGCGGUGGCGGCGGCCCAUUUGUUGGCAGCGGUUACUCGUGCGGUGGCAGCACUUGGACGUCAUCAUCUACCGGCGGCGCAGUGAUGGACGCUUACCAACCGUCAUUUCCUCAGUACCGUUCGUAUGGAGGAGCCUUCGAUCAUGGUGUUAGUCGCUCCGCCAGCGGUGGUGGUGCAGGCCAAUCGCCACCAUUAUCAUUCAUGCCACCGCCGCCGCCACCGCCGCCGCGCCGCAGCUGUGACAGCGCCCCCCCCUCGGAGCUCCUGCAGGUCACCGCCGCUGCCGCUGCACAGACGCCCACGCCAGGUCCGCCAGUCAGCGGCCGCUCAGUGAACGUGUACCGCCCACCAGCCAAGCGACUCUCCGACGGCUAUCAAUGUGGGUUCCAGCCAUUGCAGUCGGGUAACAUGUACUCUGCUGGUGCCGCUCCACAGCUGCAGCGCUGCACGGGAGGUAACUUCGUCGGCAGCUUUGGAACAGGCAACACAGCGCUAGCCAGCGCGGGCAAUACACCCACUGCAGCACCGUCGUCUCCAGGGUCGAACAGCUACAUAAACAUGGUCGCCAGCUCACCGCCGCUUGCUUCUCGCAGCGCAUCUUCUGGUGGUGGCCGACCGCCAGUUCAUCCGGCUGCGGUGCCGCCUCCGCCUCCUCCGCCACCACCACCCCCGCCGCCAAAGUCGCAGCAGAACGUAGCCGAGAUUCAUUGUAGCAUCCCAUCCACGCCUCAGAACCACACACAAGGGCCGGUGGUCGCUCCUGCCGCUACCGCUGCCAUAUCACUGCCCAACAGCUCUCUGGCUGAAGCCAUUGCGCAAGUGCAGGCAGAGCGCCGCGCGUCGGAGGCCGGUAGCUCCAAGGUGACGUCUGCUACUGCCACAUCGGUUGAAGCUGCACCUGCUCCAAUCAUAGCGCCCGUAACAUCUGCACCGUUGGUGGCUCCGAGGACCGCCUUUACCGCGCCGAAGUUCUGUUUGGACCUAUCUACCGCGGCGCCGAACCGCGGGACGCGUGGUACUGCACCUCAGGACCCGGCUGCUUUGGCCGGCGUUGAUGGAGUCACAAAGGAUGCGCCUGCACAAUUGCCGCGUGGCUCUCAGACACAGAUGGUAGCGAACGUAGAGGACUUCAUCAACAACAUCCUUGCUGGUCGCCCAAAACUCCGACCGGUACCGGCGCAGUCGAGCAGCACGGUGCCCAGCGGCGGUGCCCAGCCGCGCAAGGCUUCUGGUGCUUCUGCUUCCGCUACACCGCGUGCUGUUGUUCAGCCGUCACCGCAGCAGUCCCAACAGCAGCAGCCGGCCGUGGAUGCUGCAGUUGCAGUUGCGGGUAUAAUUGCCAGUACAUUCCGCCGCCCCAAUGCCGUCACCACGUCGACCACAGUAAGCGUUGCCCCUCCAGCCGCAUGCAAUCAGACCUCUGCUAAAGUAACCACUGACACUAUGGAGCAAGGAGCUGUCGCCUUUGAUAACCGCGCCGUUGCUGAGGCGCCCACCGUCCCAGCAUCCUAUCCCGAAGUGUUUCUGACAGCGGUUUCUACUGUCGAUGAGCCUGCUAGCUUGGACUUUUCCCUGGAGCACGCAGUCACCGUGACUGUCCAUCGUGCGCCAGCGACAGGAUUGUCAGCGCAUGCAGCAGCAAGUACCGAUUGCUGCAGUAAGACCAAGCCUGUUCCAGAGUUAGUUACGCGGGAGGUCGCAUCGGUCGCUCCCCACGUGGUUUCCGCGCGGGGUUUGGGGGCGCCGGUGGCAGUGGUAGCAUGCGGUAGCAACGGUGGUAUCAGCACCAUGACUAGCAGCCCGCCGUCAUCGCCCAUGCCCGUGUCGUCGAGGGCCGCUUCUUCCAAGGGCAGCAACGGCAAGGCUUCUGCUCCGAACGGCAAUACGAGUGGCCAGAUGGCCCCUGUCCGUGCCAAUGGUGCCACACAGCCAGGCACAAAGCGCCUCAGCCGCCGCGACUAUGCGCAAUGGGCUGCAGCAACUCCGGAGUUCCGUGCGGAGGCUGCGUCCAAGUAUACGGGUUCGAACACUUCUGGUAGCCCAACUUCUGUCACCGGCAGCUACGGUCGCAGUAGCGGCGGCGGCGCCGGGAUGGUUGGCGGCUGUGGCCCGGCUUCCCCACCGACAAUGGCCUCCCUUUCAAUUUCGGAUGGUGGCGUAUUCGGGACUGCACUCCCCUCGGGCCCAAGUAGCGGUGGCCAUUACCGCUCAAUGAGCACUACGGCAAUCUGGCAUGUGGCGAAGGGUCCCGACGGGUCCAAAGGCUUUGCGGGCCGUGGCCGCAUCGUAACGGCAUAGUGGCAUUCGAUGUUGCUGUGACGUGUAUUAACCUGGGUGUGGAUUGGUCGUGUUUUAGUAUAUUCGGCUGUUGUGGGAAGAAACUUAGCGAAAAUAGUUGUCAGCGUUUCACACCCGACUAAGGUACUGGGUUUUGCUAGCCUAACGCUGUAGACUGAGGGUGGGUUUAAGUGUAGUAAUGCGAAACCUUUCUGUCCCCUACCUAACUCGG